CACUUGUUAUUGUUCGUCGUCUCCUGUCGAGGCAGGAACAACUCGCUCGACUCCGACAAACGCUGAACUUUCUGCGGGUCCACGGUUUAAAAUCUCACCGGGAAACUGUCGGUGGUCAAACCGGCGCACGGAGAAGAUUCUAAAAGAGAAAACAAAAGAAUUUAAGUGCGUCAAACGAAGCGAAGUGACUGCUGUGAUGCUAACCCGACUUCCCGUUAUCUUCUGUCUGCGGUUCCCGUCCUGCCUGUCACCAGCCUCCAUGUGGAUCCUCUGUCAGGUUCACUUCAGAAGUGACUCGGCUCGUGUGUCCGGAGCUCGGCGGAGGAGCUCUGCAAAGAAACAGGUCAACGUUGGCCUGUCUCAUUAAUAUGUGAUGAGCCUCUCUUCUGAUUGGCCGACUGUCUUCUGAGCGACGCACGGCCAGGACCAACCAGCUCCUCUGAGCUUCUGCCCUGGAGGAACUAUCUCCUGCUCCCGACGACGACACGUCAUCGGUACCUGGUGUCGGCGGAAGACGCCAGAGCGACCUGCUGAGCUGCUGCUGGGGCAGAGACGCCGAUACGGCCAGAACACCGGCGUCUCUGCCCCAGCCGCGGCCGACACCGGAGAGAGGGACGUGAGAGUGAGAGCUCUCCACCACCCGGGCUGCACAUGGAGGAUCCAGAGCCUCCGGAGUUCGGGUCCCUGCAGGAGGAGCUGCAGCACUGGAAGGAGCAGGCUGCCCGGCACCAGCAGAGUGCGGACGAAGCCCAAGAGGAGCUGCAGGAGUUCCAGCAGAUGAGUCGCGACUACGAGGGCGAGUUGGAGACGGAGUUGAAACAGUGUGAGGCGCGAAACCGCGAGCUUCUCGGCGCCAACAGCCGCCUUUGCACGGAGCUGGAAAACUACAAGGAGAAGUACGAGUCGCAUCACUCCGAGGCCUGUCGGCAGAUCUCCAGCCUGGAGGGCGACCUGGCCGAGACCACGGCCGUCAGAGACCAGCUCCACAAAUACAUCCGGGAGCUGGAGCAGGCCAACGACGACCUGGAGCGAACCAAGAGGGCGACCAUCAUGUCGCUGGAGGACUUCGAGCAGAGGAUGAACCAUGUCAUCGAGAGAAACGCCUUCCUGGAGAGCGAGCUGGACGAGAAGGAGAAUCUGCUGGAGUCCGUCCAGAGGCUGAAGGACGAGGCCAGAGACCUGAGGCAGGAGCUGGCAGUGCAGCAGAAACAGCAGGUACAGGACAGGAAGCCGUCCUUCAGCAAUGUCGUCAAAGAGACUCCGUCGUCUUCCUCCACCUCGUCUCUGGCCGGGCUGCCCACCCCACCUCUCACCCCCCUGGACAAAACCACGUCUUCAUCCUCCAACCAGCCCGUCCCGACCACCACCACACCGUCCAGACCUCCUGCCCCGACUGACUCCUUCAGCACCCCACCACCCUCCGUCAGCAGAGGUGAAAGCCUGUUGGCGACUCCGUUCACCACCUCGGCAAGAAUCUCGGCUCUGAACAUCGUGGGCGAGCUGCUGAGGAAAGUUGGGAACCUCGAGUCCAAGCUGGCGUCGUGUCGGGAUUACAUCAACGAGCAGACGGUUAAUCGCAGAGGUCACGCCGGAGGACAGGGGGCGCCGGCGGGUCAGAACAACGAGACCGGUCCGGCCAACGGCCUCUACAACAAGGGGCUGGUGAAGAGGUUGGACUUCGCAGCUGGACAUAAGCUGCUGCUGUGAAAGUGAAAACAUCCUCACACCAACUUGGUCGUUCGUCCUCUGAGCUGCUGGGCACUUCCUGUCCGUCCCGUCCUGGAGGGUUUUAUAACGGUACCGUGUCUCUCGCACAUCACACUCGGACUCGGACUUCUCUGACGGGAAGCUGCUCUGAUGCGAUGGACAGUUACUGUAGAUACUCUGGGGGGACAAAUCGUUUUCGGCACUCGCACUUAAGCUUUGAAAUAACUCUCCUGGACUCCGUGAGAAGACGCUGACAGAUGCAGGUUUGCUCUGCGGAGCAAGAACGGAGACUUAAGAUUCAUCCUCUCAAAUGGAAAAUGUUUCACUUUUGUAAAGACGAACCACAUCCAGGAGGAAACGCUGCAUGAAUGUACAGAAGCAGCAGGAACAACGUUCACCCGUCUUAUCACCGCCGCUGCUGCUGCAAAGUAACGAAGUGAUAAUAACUUUUAAUUUGAUAGAGGAAGUGGAGUCAAGUGAUGAUAGGAAGUUAGAUUUAACUAGUUAACAGUUUGUUACAUCAUAAGAGUUUUAAUACCUUUUAUUGAUAUUCACUCCGUCCUCUGGUGGACGACGUGAAUCCACCACCCAGAAGCCAAAACUGUCCGUUUAUAGAAACACGGUGCCUUUAAAAUAAUAAAACACUGAACCAGGUUUCCGCCAGCGAAGUGCCACAGCUCAUUUUAUUAAAACCCUCACACGGAGCCGCAGGUCGCGAGUGAGAAAAAGUCUAUAUGAUGGCGUCAUAUUAAACAUCUACGAUCUUAGUAUGAACUACUGCACAGCCUCUUGUGCCCCAGUGUGUCAUUUUUGUACUUUUCUGGCGGCAUCUGGUGGUAAAGUUGCAAACCGCAACCAACUGAGCGACCGACAGGGGACACUUUAUGGUGGCGCACCACCAUUUACGGUUUCCGGCAGC